GCGGCCAGGGCGGCGCGCGGGGCCCCGGGCCGGGGUGAACGGGGGUGACCGGGGGUGACCGGGCGGGCUAGGCGAGGGCCGGCGGCUUCAAGAGGAGUCAGCCUGCAGCCCCCUUGUCGUCGCCGCCGCUGGUGUCCCUGCUGCGUCCUGGGGAGCGCGAGGGCCCGAGACAUCCGGGUGUUCGGCGUAACGCCGCAGUCCGCAGGGAGGGACGCGCCAGUGGGACCCCCUCAUCCAUGGCUUGGACCGAGCAGUCAUAGGAUGGACCACAACUCAUCUGCAGGCACUGAAGUGGCUUCAUAAACACCGUCUGUGAGCCAAGGUCCUUGCACAGCAGUAUUUCUGCUCAGAGAAAAAGGUUUACAGAGACAUGGAGCUUGAAAGAAUCAUUCAGGACACACUGACACACUUUAUCCAGUCCCACCUCCCUGCUGCAGACCUCAGUGGGAUGGAUGAUGUUUUCUUCUCUUAUAUCACGGGUGUCUUGGAAGAGCUGGGCUCACCAGAGUCCUCUGAGGAGACUUUUGACAUGGACACCUUUGUGGAAAUGAUGGAGGCAUAUAUUCCUGGUUUUGCAGAAAUCCACAGUGGGGAUGUUUGUGAAAUGAUGUUCUCACUCUCAGAAAGGCUUAGUGAAGCUCGCAGUAAAGAAAAGCCUGGCAAAAAGGUUGUGGAAAGCAGGAGUGAAGCACCCUCUGAAGACCUGGCCAAGGGACAGGAGCCUGGAGCUGGAGCCUGCAACGGUGAAAGGCUGUGCACUCUAAGAGACGGAGCCGAGGCCAAGGAAGGCGAUGACUUGAAGGAUGGAGUGGAGCUGCUACUGGAGAUGUUCCCAGCCUGUACCAUGGGCCAGGCAGAGAAGGCACUUGCCAUGGCCUUGGGGAACUUGGAGGAGGCAGUGCAGUUAAUCGUGGAGGAGAAGGUGGAAAUUGGCCCAGCAGGUGUGAGCGUGAAGGAACUGGCACGGCCCCGCAGAGCGCCCAACCACGAGGAACUAAAACAGGUUAUCCUACAGAAAUACAUGAUGGUGGAUAGUGCAGAUGAUCAGAAAACACAUCGGCCAGCUCCACCCAAAGAGGCUCCCAAGAAGUUGAUCCGUUAUAUUGAUAACCAGGUGGUGAGUACCAAGGGAGAGAGGUACAAAGACAUCAAGAAGCCUGAGAGUGAGGAGAUGAAGAGAACCUACAUCAGCCUCAAACCAGCGAGGAAGUACAAGUUCCACUGACAACCAGGUCCUCCUGCUAUUCAUCCUCCACCUCGCCAGCCAGGUAUGGCAGGAUGGACAUGUGGCACCAGGGGUGAGGGGACUCCUCCACGUCUCACUAACUGGAACUAACCUGGGAGCCCAAACAUAGCCUUCAGCUUCCUCAGCUAACCCAGAUGACAAAGGAGGAGACUUCUUUCCUUGUGUAGCUGUCCCCAGGGGAACACCACAGUAGCUCUCCAGGGCCUGGGCAUUCUCUGCUAUUCUUUGCAUGGGACAUCUUUAGAUCUAAGAUGUGGCUUGUGUUUUUGCAGCAAGCUUUUUACAGGUCUGUGUGUACUGUUGCUUUAAAUGGAGGGCCAGUAUUAAUAAAGAUGAUGUGACUUUGUGUGUAGUUCA